AUGUCUGCGCACAAUCCUAGUGACACAGCACGCAAGCCAUCUGGCUCUUCUAGCCAUUCCGGCGUUCGGUCGGGUACCAGUUCACCAAGUAUUGCUCAGCCUCAACGGAAGUUGACACCGACUGCUGCGAGUAAUAUGUUGGGCGUUGCUAUGAGUGGCUCGUCAAACGCUAUGAAAGGCUUGAAUUCUGGCUGGCAGGUUUGGCCCUCGAAGAGAAACGCUUCUGUUUCUUCGGCUGCCAGCAUCUCUGAGCUUGCUUCAUCGCAAGGUGAAGGUGCCUUCCGCUCUGCCAUCAACGAGAACUGGACCACACCAAGGUCUUCAAGCGCUACGUGGGAUGAUGCAAACGCUAGCCCUCAGCGGAAGGAAUACUCGAAUAUCGAUUCGUUGAAUCUCCACCACCCAAGGCAACGACAGGCAAAUGUGACCACCGCGGCGACCUUUUCUGGAAAUAGAAGUUUUGGCUGUCAGGGCGACCGAUCUGCCACAGGGUCUAAGAGCGGCCAAUUCGCUCAGUAUGAAGUUGGUCUUAGCAAAGAUACUACCAACCAACAACAGCGAUACACAACCUCAGGGUCUCCUCCCCAUUCCUUCCCUACCGUACCUUAUGCGACGACGAGUAGCAUCCAAAAUGGCCCCGGUUCUGGUUAUGAACCUUUACCACAGCAGUCAAUGCCUUCUGCUGACGAUCUUGCAAUGGCCUUUCGCGGGAUGGCCGUAGAGGAUGAUGUGCAUAGCCGGCAACAAGGCAGUUCCUCGCAGCCACUUUCUUCGAGUCCUGGGAACAGAGGGCCCAGUCACCAGACGCGACCACCGUAUGGUUCAUUUCCUCAGGCAGACUACGCAUAUUAUGGCAAUCCAUCGAUACCACGGGAGGCAUACGUGGAUUAUCCUCUGGGCUUCGAUGCCUACCGGACUCAAGUUGACCCUACUGCCAUGUACCUGUCACCGGCGAUGAGCAGCGCAACGGCUUCCACGGUCUACCCCGGCGCAGUCCCUCAGCAUCCUAUGCCCGAUCAUCGGCAGACUACCAACGUCUUCUAUGAUUACUCUGGCGCACCAAGGCCGACCUCCCAGUAUUAUUAUGCCCCAGCUACCAUGGUGUACUCCCCUACUUCGCCGAUGAACCACCAAGCAGCCCCAAAUCCUGUUAUGGGUGCUUCCAAGAAGCGGGAUCAGUAUAGCGGACAUCAACAGUUGGCACCUCAGAACAUGAUGUAUGGGGCCAUGCGAUCGUCGCCGUCACCUAUACAGCAGUCCUUUGGUGCUGUCAUGGAUUACGGGGGAAUGCAAAUGCCAGUCGUGUCCCCAGGCGGGCCAGUGUAUAUGCCUCAGGCUAUGCAAUACUACCCAACGGGGCAUAUUCGUGUCACGCGUCCCGGAGAUGAAGGCCAGGGUGUCUUGGGCCUCCGCAGUGCCCGACUUGAAGAGUUCCGGGCCAACAGGUCGAGGAAAUGGGACAUCAAGGAUAUCUUCGGCUUCGUGGUGGAAUUCAGCGGUGAUCAGCAUGGGUCGCGUUUCAUACAACAGCGGCUCGAGACGGCCACCGCCGAAGAGAAGCAACGCGUAUUCGACGAGAUAACGCCAGGACAUAUAAUAGGCCUCGUUUCUGACGUGUUUGGUAAUUAUGUUAUCCAAAAAUUAUUAGAGCACGGUACUCCUGCUCAGCGCACAAUAAUUGUCAAUGCUAUGGAAGGUCACAUUCUUACACUAUCGCUUCAUAUGUAUGGCUGUCGCGUUGUUCAACGGGCUGUCGAGUACAUAACGCCCGAACAGCAAACGGGACUGCUGAAGGAGAUAGAACCACAUGUUCUCCGAUGCGUCAAGGAUGCUAAUGGUAAUCAUGUUAUUCAGAAGAUAAUUGAGCGUGUCGCUCCCGAGCGACUGGUAUUCGUGGACGUUUUCCGUGGGGCAGUAUUCGAGCUCUCGACACACGCGUACGGUUGCCGAGUACUUCAACGAUGCCUUGAGCACCUCCCACAUACGCUCACCCACCCGAUUAUCGAGGAAUUACACAAGUACACAAUCAACUUAAUGCAGGAUCAGUUCGGGAAUUAUGUUAUCCAAUUUGUUUUGGAGCAUGGUCAACCCCAGGAUAGAGCACUUGUUGUCAACAAGCUUCGUGGACAGCUACUCCACAUGGCUCGACACAAAUUUGCAUCGAACGUUGUGGAAAAGGCAUUGGUUUGCGCGCCCACGGAAAGUCGCCGCACCCUUAUCGAAGAGAUUCUGACUGUGCAGUCUGAUGGAAGCAAUCCUGUCGUUGUCAUGAUGAAGGAUCAGUUUGGGAACUAUGUUCUUCAGCGAGCGAUGACCGUGGCUGAAGGAGAUCAGCGCGAAGAACUGUUCAAUGCCGUCAAGCCGCAGCUCGCGACUAUGCGUCGAGUGUCAAAUGCUUAUAAUAAGCACCUUCUCGCCAUUGAACGGCUGCUUGAAAAGUAUCACGGUCCAUUAAUUUCUGAGCCCGCCCCACCUACUACCUCCUCGUCAUAA